AUGACGUCGUAUAUGGAGCGAUGGGAAGAAGAAGAGGAGACACAAGGCCAUCAACAGCAGCAUCUACAUAAGACGAAGAAGGAGAAGUACCGUAUAAAUAAUGCAAAUGCUAAAGCAAGUCGUAUCUCGGUCAUUGAACGUGACGCGACGGUGGAGAGUCCUCAACACGAAGACGACGAUAGCUUUAAUCUGGUGCCCAUUAACGUGUUUCCGACCUCAGAAAUCAGUGAAAAGAAGCAGGAGAAGAAGCAGGAUAUGAUGAUGGAUAUUGAGUUUGUAGAUGCUGCUGCGUUCCUGAAGAAAAACGAAUUGGGUGGAGACGACAGCUUUUCUGAAGAUGUCGAAGAGAAUUGGGAAUACAUGAAUGCCACUGGUCGGCCAAGUGACUUUUUUGAGCGGAAGUCGCGUAAUCUGGACCAUGUAGAGCUCUCAUCGCCUAGACGUAUCGAUGAUCCAAUGUUUCAAGACAAUGAUGCCGCGGCUGAUAAAUCUACCGUGUGCAAGUCCGAGCAAAGGUGGUCACCUACUGAUACGGAACAAGGCGUAGCGAUUCACGAUCGUUUUGAUUGUAAUUUGGGACUUUCUGGAUCGGGCACAGCGUAUUCGUCAGGAUAUGAAGUUCACUUUGACAAUUCAAGGCUAAUAUACACACCGAACUCGUUAAGAUAUUUGCAGGAAAAAAGUCGAUUGCAGCGCGACAGCGAAAGACACAACACGAAGAGACCUGAUCACACCGUAGCAGACUAUUCCGGUGAGGCAGAGAUGAUGACGAGAAAGGCUCAGUCAUUUUCUGAUCAAGAGAUUCUAGACGAUCCAUCUAUGGAUCAUGUGGCCACGUUGCAGCGUGGGCCUGGGGUUAUUAAAAAGGCGGUGCAUGAAGUUGAUGCCGUUGUCGACAACUCUAUUCAAUCCGCGUCUUCACCACCGACAAAGCAUCCACUCGGCGUGGAGUUGUCUGACUACAUGCGCGAUUUCGUCCGAGACUACGAACUUCCACUGGAAUCCAUGCUACCGCUUUCGAGAACAACAGAUAGUUGGGGAGAAGACACCUCUGUUUCUCAGAUUGACGACGACGCACGUCGUCGAAGCCGGGAUCUUGGAUCCUCUUCUAGUGGAAUUGAGCCUAGUGGACAGACUAGAAACGGUGUGAGAAGAAGCAGGUCUCAAGAGAUUUCGGAACUCGACACUAUUCGCGAGGUUUCAUGCCCAUCCAACACCGCUUCUCAGAGCCAGCAAUCCACAGGUUUUCACAAGUCUUAUUCAGGAGCACUACAUUCACGAACGUUUAAUAACCUUGGCUCCUUGAAGGAUGAAGCUCAUAGACGACACGCAGACAAGGUGCAGAAUAACUUUGUCGAAGCAAAUGAGUCUUCAGAUAAGCCGUUAAGCGGCGAAACUUCAAAGACGAGGGAUGACCCGAAAUCACGGACUGCAUCGGCCGCUCUAGAUCAAGUACAGGAUAAGACCACUAUCCAGAAUCCGAUCUGUGACGAAACGAGUCUGUCACACUCUGAUCGUGUCGGUCGCAAAGGCAGCCAUGGUGGCGCUUCUAGUUCUUCUGUCGAAGACAUUGAUGCUUCGAAAAAACGAAAUCCAUAUAGCGAGGCACGAGCGAAAUGUGAAACAGCACAAAGUCAUUUUGAAACGUCGCAAUCGGACGAUGUCGAUCCAAACAGCGUACGCUUUUGCUAUAGGGAAAAUGGCCACCAAUCACGUGGUGCAACGAGAAAAGAACAUGAAGACGAUCAACAGCAAAAGCACACUGAUCUCAAGUCGAGCACAACCGCUGUACCAAAACAACUAUCAGUGGCAUCCGGCAAACUUGGUGUGGCGACGACAGACACUGCUACGAUUGCACGUCGAUGCCGAAGGUUUCUGUGUUCCGUUGGCGAAGUAAUGACGGAGCAAAUUGUCUUUACGAAUAGAACAGAAUCAGUUGGAAGAAUUUGUGUAUCUCUUCUUCCUCUUAGCACUGGAUGUCAACAGUUUAGCGUGUCACCUGCGGUGUUGGAGCUAGGACCCAAUACCUCGAGUGCCUUUCAUGUCACCUUCGACGCGCGUUACGUAGGCGCUGUAUCCGGUAUUUUUCAGUUCAGAGGGGUGGACAUUGAGUCAUUGUUUAAUCUGCAUGAGGUGGUGAUUGAAGCAAGCGUCAAGCGACAUUCGGAAUCAGAGGCUUCAACUAGCUCAAAAAGAGGACACCAGCGCAGCGAAACAGAUGCGGUCAACGAGCGUGGCCAGAAACUGCAAACCAGGUUAUCAGCUGGCCAAGUGGUAGUCACCCCCUCAUCUAUUCGUUUUGACUGUAUCCGGAGCACAAAUGGUGAAAAACUGUUCCGGAAGGCCAAGCUUUGUUUGGUAAAUAACACAACUGAGUCGUUGCCGUUCAAAAUUUGUGCGCCUGAAAAUCUUAGCGUGAGCCCAGCAUUUGCAAUGAUCCAGCCAGCGUCAGAGAUUAGCGUGUCGGUGCUGCCAAUGUCGCGACCAGUGGGCCAGCACCGAUGCGGAGAAAUCGGCAGUACCAACUCGUCUUCCAGAGCAGAGGAUUGGUUGAGUACGCUUACAGUUCGAGUUGGCAAAAGGUACUUGCAUGAAGUAAGUGUUGUGGUCGAUCGGCGAGUGAUCCAAAUGCUUCCUACUUUUGGUGAGAUCGCACGAUCUCGGCACCAGCUCUCCUCACAGACGGAUUCAUUUUACUAUACGAAGCGCGGUAAGCGACGAGACCUGUAUUUCCAUGCCAGGGCAGUCGAAUUUGGAUGUUGCAAUGUUGGAGAGUCGCAUGAAGUACCAGUCUAUGUGUGCAAUCGAUCGAAGGCACCAAUGACAGUCUUCUUACAGAACUUGCAGGAUCCUUUCUCGUGUUCGUUCUCCUCAACGACCAUCGAGUCUAAGAAGUUUAUUGAGGUGAUGGUGACAUUUACCCCCAAGGUUGUCGGCAAAGUUUCUACAUCGCUUUUCGCCUACUCGCUUACUGAUAAGGCAGUAGUUACGCUCAUUGCUCGCGGAACCUAG